AGGGUCGAAGGGCACGCGACGUCUGUGUAAUGGCUGCCUCCACGCUGGGCUCGGCGUGGGGCCCUCUACGGCUUGGCGUACCCAGCCUGUGCUGUCGCCGACCGCCCCGAGGCCUAUGGGCGCGCGUGCGGCGGCUCCCGGGGUUCCAGGGGCCCGCGGGGUCCGGGCGGAGCGUGGCUGCAGCCAGCGGACCAGGCGCCUCGGGCACUGACCAGUACUGCAUGGAAUUGCUGCGGAAACGAGAUUAUGAAAGCUAUUUAUGCUCCCUGCUGCUUCCUGCACAAUCCAGAAGCUCUGCUUUUGCAUUGAGAGCCUUCAAUGUGGAACUGGCUCAGGUUAAGGACUCAGUUUCUGAGAAAACAAUUGGACUGAUGCGAAUGCAGUUUUGGAAAAAAACUGUGGAUGAUAUAUACAGUGACAAUCCACCACAUCAGCCUGUGGCCAUUGAACUAUGGAAGGCCUGCGCACCAGCAGAGGCAGACCCCGUUUCUGGGCCCCAGAUUGACUUCACAGAGCCCCAGUAAGGAUGGAAAGCCAGGCCCCUCCCCUCCCCACUGGGGACUGAGAAGAAAAAGUGGAUGGGAAGCUGCUGUCAAAAGACAUAAUCUGACUAAAAGAUGGCUUAUGAAAAUCAUCGAUGAAAGAGAAAAAAAUUUGGAUGACAAAGCAUAUCAUAAUAUCCAGGAACUGGAAAAUUAUGCCGAAAACACACAGAGCUCUCUUCUUUAUUUAACACUAGAAAUACUAGGUGUAAAGGAUCUUCAUGCAGAUCAUGCUGCAAGUCACAUUGGAAAAGCACAAGGCAUUGUCACUUGUUUGAGAGCAACACCGUAUCAUGGUACCAGAAGAAGGGUGUUCCUUCCCAUGGAUAUUUGUAUGCUGCAUGGUGUUUCACAAGAAGAUUUUCUGAGGAAGAACCAAGAUAAAAAUGUGAGAGAUGUGAUAUAUGAUAUUGCCAGCCAGGCACACUUGCACCUAAAGCAUGCUAGGUCCUUCCACAAAAGUGUUCCUGUGAAAGCAUUUCCUGCUUUUCUUCAGACAGUUGCUCUGGAGGACUAUCUAAAGAAAAUUCAGCAAGUGGAUUUUGAUAUAUUCCACCCAUCUUUACAACAGAGGAAUACAUUACUUCCAUUAUUUUUGUAUGUUCAGUCAUGGAGAAAAAGAUAUUAAAAUAAUUUUAUGGCAUUGAUAUUAAUUUACUUUUGUUAGUUUUACCAAAGUAUGCUCAGUAAGGUUCUUGUUUACAAACAACAGGAACUGACUGUUUACUUAAGGAGAAAACAUUUAUUGGAUGGAUGUGUGUAGCUAACAGAAUUGAUGAGAAGUUACUAUGGGGCUAGAGUGCCAAGACUAGCUGAGAUUCUGCCACAGGCAUUGCUGCUGUCACCAUCAGCUCAACAGUGUCUGCUGUGCCACCCUGUAAAUUCGGGGCCCCGGGAGGGAGCAUCCUUUUAGCUGUGCUUAGGCUGUAGGCUAUGCUUCGCCACCAGGGGGCAGGGAGAGGAAACGUCUCUUCCGUUCCACUCCCAGUGAGAAGACGGAAGGGGCUCAAGGAGUACACGACUUGCGGGCAGAGAGCCAGAAAUCGGAGUCGGAAACAGCUGGGAAAAGUGCUUAUUUAGGGGUCGUGAAGAGUGAAGUUAAUGUUUGAGGAGUGUUAGUCAUUAUGUUGAGGGCUUUAUAUCCCUAACAUUUAAUCUUUUCAAUCCCGUGAAAAUUUAUCCAUUAUGAUAAAAUAACUUCUUUAAGAUAAGUCAGCUGGCUGGCUAUCAAGAGUUGGAACCCUAAUUUGACUUUAGGUCUAAUUUAAAAACUUGUACUUUUUUGUUAACGCCACUGCUUCACUCUGUGUCAUUCUGCAUUGCUUUGUGAUCAUGAACAAAAUUGUAUUGAACAAAAUUGUAUUAACAAAACGUGUAUUAAUGUGAACUAUAUUCACAAAAUUGUAUUGAACAUUCGUUAAGGGAAUUCUACAUUUUAGUAGUUUCGCUUCCCAGUGAUAAACUCUGUACUGUGCACUUUCAUCAUUGUUCUCCUUUGAUCUUUAAACCUCUAGAAAAUAAAGGAUUUUUUGGUAAUUACAUUUAAAUUAUACUAUAUACACUAAUUGCAAAAACAGAAUUGUUUGCAUUGCCGGUAAUGGCAGGUCUGGACUUUGAAUGAGGACUUUGAAUCCCAAGGCCAGGAUUAUACGUUUCCUUUUCUCGCCUCUUCCGUGGUCUUGUGUUCUGCCCAUUCACACCUCUGGUGUACUGUUCCACUAUCUUGUCUCUCUUACACCUUUGGUUUCAGCUAUGAAUUAGUGCCUACUGCAAUUCUGAAUUAGUGAUAGCUUAAAAUACUACUUUUUUGCAAAUAAAACUCAAAAGGCUGCUUAUGGGAAAGAAUACAUUGUUUUGUCAUCUUGGGAUUCCCUUAGCACCUAGAAUGGCUCUUGAUUUAAACCAAGUAGAGAUUAAUAAAUGUAUAAUUGAAUGAA